AUGAGAUCAUAUCUAAAUAAUGAAACUAGAAUUAAAUCAUUAGUGCGAGAUCUUGAGCAUAGCAACUUAGAAAUUCAUUAUUUGGGUAAAUCCCUAAUACAACAUGAAGCACAAAUUGAAUCUUUGAAAAAGGAUAAUAAAAAUCUAUCAAUUCAACUCCGGAAGGCUUUACAGGAUAUAGAGUCUAAAGAAAAAUUUAUCGUUUUUAGAGAAGAACAAUUUAUAGCAUUAGAAGAUAAAAUUUCAACACUUAAUAAGAAGCCAAAAAUGUCUUCUCAAUGCCAAAUACAGCCACCUAGUCCAAAUGAGAUUGAUGUAAGUACUGAUAGAAUUAAUUCUGCAUGCAGAAGUCUUGAUGAGUUCAUACAAAGGCCGGAUAAUUCUACUCUAAACCAGAGGACUGCAGUAAAUAAGCUUAAUGAAAUUACUACAUUUACACAUAGGCUCCGAGAUAUUGCUAAAUGGAAUGAUGAUCAAUUAGCGCCACUUCAGGCCCAAUUACAGCAAAAUCUUCAGGCAUUCAAUCAGGUGAAUAAUCAGCUUGCACAGGCCCAGAAUGAUCUUAAUCAACUUCAUCAGGAUUUUCUUCAGCUUAAUGUCGCUCAUGCUCAGCUUAAUAAUACUCAUAUUCAAUUUGUUAAUGCUCGGGAUCAAUUUAUUAAUAAUAUCCACAAUCCACUUGUCCAGGCCUAUAACUACCAUAAUGGACGAUUACAAAUGUUCCAACAAAAACACAUAAAAUGGAAACAAAGAGCCAAAAACCCUGUUGGGCAAUUACAAAUAUUCCAACAAAAAUAUGUAAAAUGGAAACAAAGAGCCAGAAAUCCUGAUGUUAUUUGGCUCGUAGGCUUUUCAAAUUGA